AUGGCGGCAGCGGCAGCAGCAGCGGUGCUUAUGGAUGAGGACCCUCCGCACAGCUUGGCUACUUCCGAAGACGACGCCGAGUUCGAAGAGGAUAAUGAUAUGAUUCCCGACAUAGUUAAUGAGGACGCGAAUGCAUAUGCUGCCAAUAUUCAAUUACAAAAUGGGUUGAUGGGAGAUCACAGUGAUAUAGAGGAUGAUAGGGAGGGACCGGAAGACGAGGAAGAUAUGGCGACAGAUGAAGAUGCGGACGGAGAGGAGGAUGAUGAAAUGCUUGACGAACCAGAACAGAUGGAAGAAAAUGAGGUCGAUGAAAAUGUAGAGCCGAGUGGAGAAGGAGACGAGGAUGAUGAUGAUGCCGAGGGGGUCGGUGCUGUCAAAAUACAGCCUGGCUUAGAGGAUGAUGAUGAAGACGCAGAGAUUGGCUCUGACAGCGACAGCUCUGCAGAAAUUGAAGACGACGACGACGAAUCUAAGGGCUCUAGUGAUGUCGAGGAAGAAACACGAUGGCAAUCCAAUGGGGAAGAAGGAGAAGAGGAAGAGGAAGAACACAUAAAUCCGAAUCGCUGCAUUUUCUGCGAGCAAGAUGAAGAUAACGACCCGGGUGAAGAAUUCGAACUUUAUUUAGCAUGUGAGAUGUGUGGAGAUAAUGCGCAUCGGCAAUGCGCCCGGAAUUCGGAUGCACUCAAAUCUGACGAAGAGGCGGAGAAAUGGUAUUGUCCGGGAUGUCACGAAAAUCGUCUCGUGCCCGGAAGUCCAAGUGCAGACGUCGAUAUGGUUGAAGGCCCAGAAGGAGAGGACGAAGAGGAUGAUGGAGGAGGAGAAGUUGAUGAUGAAAAUGUACACGUUAAGGCGACCGAAAGGAGAAUUUCGAGGGACAGGGUUCCAGUAGAUUUGUUACCGCCAAGACGUGGUACGAUCAAAUCAGAUUCACAUUCGGUCUUCGAGCAACUAAUAACUCCAGAAGAUCCUAUGGAUGGCUCGCGUCUGUUGCGCAAAAGAAAAACUUCUUCGGUGGAGGCUGACGAGGGACUGGUUUUGAGAAAAAGGACCCGGGAUCGAGAUACCCUUUCCGAUAACUCCAAGCCAUCAUUUGACGAACCGCAUGAUGAAGCCGAAGUCGAUAAUGAUAGCAACUUGUCAUUGACGAACGGUAAAAGAAAUAAAAAAAGGGUGGAUGAUCCUACUAGUUCGCGUAUUUCAAGAUCACUACGUCCAAAAUCUUCUUCGUCUUCACAUCCGCCAGUCAAUAUCACCGAGAAAUCAGCUGGUACUUUGAAAGUUUGCCUUCGUAUUGAUCCUAUGGAGUUAAGACAUAUUCUCUCAUUACCUCCAAGACCAAAAAGGAAACGUGGAGGCCGCGGUGUCUCAAAGGUUCGGUCCGCAGCCACUUCUGCCGCUCUUAUCCCUUCGAGUUACUCACAACCCUUCUACCCUUCCAUCCACGACAAAGAGUUGGACGAGCUAAAAUCCAAACCUUACGGGGGCAUCCUUUCCGAAGCUGACGCUGACACAUCUUUGACAUUACCGAGAGCAGAACAUCGACGUCAAUUUGAAGAGGCUCGUCAAAGGGCAGAAGAGGAUUGGAAAGCCAGGGCAGCGGCUGCUGCUGAGGCUGCUGCCAAAGCAGGGUUGAGAAAAGCACGUAAAGUAUCUGGUCCAGCCAGCCAAAUUGAAUAUAUUGAUUUUGGGGCAUACCAGAUCGAUAUCUGGUAUGCUGCUCCAUAUCCGGAAGAAUACAGCCGGAAUAAGGCACUUUUCAUAUGUGAGUUUUGUUUGAAAUACAUGGAGUCCGAUAUUGUUGCUUGGAGACACAAAACGAAAUGUCCAUGGAAGCAUCCUCCUGGCGACGAAAUAUAUCGAGAUGGAAAGAUCAUGAUUUUUGAAGUGGAUGGACGCAAGAAUCCACUUUAUUGCCAAAAUCUCUGCCUUUUGGCAAAGCUCUUUCUUGGGUCGAAAACUCUGUACUACGAUGUCGAACCUUUCCUUUUCUAUGUCAUGACGGAAUAUGACGAACUGGGCUGCCAUUUUGUAGGUUACUUCUCGAAGGAGAAGCGACCUAGCAGUCUCAAUAAUGUCUCUUGUAUCCUCGUGCUGCCUAUUCAUCAAAGGAAAGGGUAUGGCCACCUGCUCAUCGACUUUUCGUAUCUUCUCACACGUGUCGAGAAAAAGACUGGUUCUCCUGAGAAGCCACUUUCGGACAUGGGCUUGGUUUCCUAUCGUAAUUACUGGCGACUCGUCCUAUGUUAUUAUUUACAAAGAUAUGAGCCUUCUGAACGCAUCCCAAGCGUCAAGGCCAUCUCCGACGAGAUGGGGUUGACGCCAGAUGAUGUCAUUUCAGGUCUUGACGCCAUGGGUACUCUCGUCCGCGAUCCCAUGACCGGUACUUAUGCUAUGAAAUUGAAGCCUGAGUACUACAAGGAGGUUAUUCGUCAGCACGAGGCGAAAGGAUAUGCCAAGCUUAAUCCUAAAGGGCUCGUCUGGACGCCGUUCGUCAUGGGUAGAGGUAAUGCUUCUACUUAUGAUCAUGCGCCGCCACUAAAUACCGUUGCACCACGCGAAGAAGAUGAAGAUGAAGUACCUAGCGUUGAAGGUAUAUCUAAUGCAAGCGUCCAAGGCGCUUCUUCGAACGGUCUUACGAGUGGUGAUACAGAAGAGGUGACAGCUUCACUAGGUAAGAUGACCACUGAGACUGGUGAAGUUGUUAAAGUUGCAAGUUCAGAAGGCAGUGUUGGAAAGUCAGCGAUGUCGCAAAAGCUCAAUGGCAUUAACCAAAAGUCAUACUACGACCUUGCCUCUUCGAUCCCUGCUGUACGAUUUGUUGUGUUUCCUGCCUUACCUGGUGCUAGAAGUCGAACCAUCUCACGCCCAGCUUUAGCGCGGCCCUCUCCGCGCGCAAGACCUUCGGCUUCCUCAUCUGCUCGACUCAAAUCUCGACGGGCGGUAGGAGUCCCCAUUCGUCGUGCGUCCACUACAUCUGCAUCUGCAUCUGCAUCAAAGACACGCACUGCAGCACGUAGGAAAAGCGGGGGUACAGGACGUGGACCUGGUAGAUGGCCGAAGGGAACCAAGAAGAGCGAUUUUGGGAACGCGGAAAGUGGCCCAGGCUUACCACCUAGACUGUUAAAACAGCGAAGCAAGUUAGGAAAUGAGGUACUGCUUGGGGACGAGGAGGAAGACAAUGAAGAAGCGAAAAGUGAUCAGGAAGAAUCGGCCAUUUACGAUACUCCUGCGCCGAGAUCGAGAAGAGAUCGAGAUUCGUCCCGCAAGGGUGUUGGGCUGGGGAAGCCUAUGCUCUUAGGCAAAGGCAAAGGCAAGGGAUCAGCCAUAGGAAAAGGCAAAGGUCCACUUAUUGAUGCGGAGGGCGAUCAGGAAAUGGCUGAUGCGCCAACUGACGGAGUAGAAGCUGUGGUGGAUGAUGGUAAUGCGGAUGUGAUUGCGGACGUAGACUCUGAAUUCGAAGCGAGUGCGGAUCAAGACGCUAAUGGAAAUGUGGACGCCGAGGGCGAAUAUGAGUAG